AUGCCUAGCUACGAAUUCCAACACAUCCUCCCCCUUACGAGGGUUCACAAGGCCACUUUGGCUCGCGUUAUCACCGACUGGCAUGCCACGACUUUCAAGGCCCCUCGUUUUAUCGUCAACUGCAAGUUUUUAGAUAUCCGUGCUCAAAGCUCAGACGACAACUGGGUUGGGGGCUCGGCCAUAAAGACCAACAAGCUCAACAUCUUUUUGCGGAGUGGCACAGGCAGGACGGACCAGCAGUACAGGGACAUCACGACCAAAAUGGUGUCUAUCUGGAAUGACGUGGUCAAGGAUGUGCAGGCUGCCGAGUCCGACAAGGAACUGAAAGACGUCUUCAUUAUGGGUGUCUAUGACUCCGCGCUUGAGAGGGGCUUCUUUUUGCCUAUGCCAGGCAAGUUCGAGGAAUGGGUCGUCAAGAACAAGAAUGAGUUCCAGAAACUGGCUGAUGGUGGCGAUGAGAUUUUCAAGGGUUUGCUGAAGGAGAUUGCCGAGCGGCCUGAAUUCCAAGUAUCUAAGUAA